AUGUCUAAUUUAUCCUUCUUCUAUUUUAUAACUUUAUUACUUUUUAAUUAUAUUCAUUCUGUACAAUGUCAGACUUUGUACUUCGCUGGUGAUUUAUCAAAUAUAACCCUUGAUGGGAAUACCGUUAUUGAUUCAUCUAAAUGGAUUCAAGUCGCUAAUUAUGAAAGUUUCUCUCUAGCAUAUUGGCCAUUUUUAGGUGGUAUAUCAAGUGAUAAAUUGUUCUUUGCUACAUCGUCUUCUUACGGGACGUCUGCAGUGGUAUCUAUUGUAGCAUAUGAUACUACAUUAAACAAAUGGGUGACAAAUAGUAGCAUCACAGGAAACCCUGGUCAAACUUUUUUAAACUUUGAAGCAUGGAUUACCGAUAGAAGUACGGGAAAAGCCUAUUCGCUUCAAUAUAUUUCCAACAUUAUAGAAAUUUUUGACACAGUUAAUUAUGCAUGGGCAAACAGUUCAGUAAUUCCACAAACAUAUCAAACUUAUGUCAGCACAUAUUUGUCAACUUUAUACGGUCCACCUCAAGUUUUGUUACCAAGUGGCAUAAUAUUAUAUUUUGCUAGUGAAUCGUCUUCAUCUAUAAUUAGUAGUACAACAACGUCAAUGGGCAAUAUAUUAUCAUAUAAUAUCAAGGCAAACUCAUGGCAAUUUAUUAAUACUACAGGCCAGAUACCUAGUUUACGUACUGAUUACACGGCUGUUUCAGUUUCAGACGGACGCGUUAUUAUAUAUGGUGGAACGAGCAACACAUUAGCUGCCAGUCCAUCCAUUGUAGUUCUAAAUACUUCUAAUUAUGUGUGGUCAGCGCCAUCGGAAGUAAAUCCUAUUGGGCCAUUAACUCAGCAUACCUCUGUUAUAGUCAAUAAUUUCAUGAUUGCAGCAUUUGGCAUAAAUGCGACAGAUAAAAAUAUUCUUACACAAAAUAAUAAAAACAUUUAUAAAUUGGAUGUAUCAGAUCCAUUAACUUAUAAAUGGUCUGUAUUAUCCAUUUAUAAAGAUUUAACUACGUCGAAAAAUAAAACAAAAGUGGAGGAUUAUAUUCCGACAGCUGGUAGCAAUCGUGAAAUGGAUUAUUGUGAAAUGAAUUAUAUCCCGACAGCUGGUAGCAAUCGUGAGAUGGAUUAUAUUCCAACACCUGGUAGCAAUCGUGAAAUGGGUUAUAUUCCGACACCUGGUAGCAAAGGUGUCAUCUAA